AUGGAGGAAGGCGACGGCUGCGAGGAGACCCUUUUCUCGCUGGAAUUGCUGGUGGAGUCGGCGCGCGUGGAGCCGCGGCUGCUGCCGACGCCUCUGCCCACCAGCGGCCCCUUUCGCCCGGCGGUGGCUCUGCGGCUGCUGGACUUCCCGACCCUCCUGGUGCGUGCGCCGCAUGCCGCGCCGGGGCCUCUGGUGCCCUUCGGGCGGGGCAAGUCUUGCCUCUUCAGGCUGCGGCCGGACGCCCUGAGGGCUCUCCUGCGACGCUCCCCGCUCUACGCGCUGCUGCUGGCGCUGCCCCCCACGCCAGGCCCCGCCCGCCUGCUCGGCUCCUCUAGCGUCUCCCUGGCGGCUGCCGCAGAGGAACUGCUGCUAGGGGCCGGCCCAGGGGGGCGAAGGGGCCAGUUCCCACUGCGGGACCUGAUGGGGGACCUCGUGGGGGAGCUGGGGCUGAGUUAUCGCCUCUGCAACCUGGGCUCCACCCUCCUGAGGCACUUAGGGCAAGGGGAAGCCCCAGAGGAGCCGCAUACUGGGGAAGAGGAUCAGCAGCAGCCACCCCACAAGGUGGGCACCCAUAGCUUCAGAGGACUUGCUUUGGAGCUCAUUCCAGAAGUAGAGGAAAACCAGGACUCUACCCCAGAAAGUUGCAGCCUGGAGUCCUUAAGCAGCAGCCUCACAGAGCCCCUGUCCAGCAACCCUGACUUUGGAGAAAUAGCCAGAGAGCUGGAGAUCGAGAGCAACAUCUUUUGUCCCCCACCAAUGUACUACAGCCACCCAACUGAAAAUCUAUGCUCCAUCCCUAAAUCUACAGCAGCUGUGACGGUGGCUGCAGUUAAAGAACCGCUGCCAGCAGAAGAAAUCACACUUCCAUCUGUGGUGCCUCCUGUUAAGGAGGAGCUUUCUAGUGUCCAGGAAGCUACCCCUUUGACCCAAACAUUUGGCAGCCCUGAGCAACUCAGACAAACCUUGAGCCAGCUGCCUUUGCUGAAUGCUUUGUUAGUCGAGCUGUCCCUGCUGAACAGCCAGGCCCUGCAACCAUGUCCUUCUACUGUGCACCCUCAAUUAGCAUGGCUAUACCAAAAUGUAGAAGAAGGAACAAAAGCACCAUCCUCCAGUACCAAACCAGCAUGCCGAGAAGAUAAGAAAACCACUCAUCGCAAAGAGAGAGGAAGGUCACCCAGCCCCAAGUUAAAAAGAAAUCGCUCAGAUCAUUUAAAAUGCUUUGCUCCCUCCAUGCAAGUCAUUUCUCCUCGUAAAGUAUUGACAAGAACAGCAUUCUCUGAAAGAAAUGGCACUGAGAAAAAUAACACCAAGGAAAACUCCCCCCCUAGAAGGAGGCUUACAUAUGGGCUGACAAAUACACUAAGGCUUCGUCUGCAGCGGUCCAAUCCAGGUAUGUUGAAAGUUCAUGAAAAAAGGGAACUUCGUAGAAAAAAACAAGGGGACAUAGUAGUUGAAAAGAAAGGCAAAAGCUCUUCAGCUAAAGGAAAACUAUCCCGGGGGUCUCCUGAACAUUUUCCAAAGUCUUCUGGGCACUUUGAUGAAAAAAGCAUCCCUGAUCGAAAUGCUCAAAUUAAUGAAAAUGUUGAGACUUUAAUACAAAGCGGUGUUGCCCAAGAUUGCCCUACUACCAUAAAAGACGUAAUUUCUGAUCUCCAAAAGAAGGUUGCAGCUAGGGCUGUGAAGAGUGAUGAUAAUACAAAACAAAAGAGCUCAUCUGAAAUAAUUGGCUCUGCUUAUAAAGAAAAGAGUUUGAACAUCCAUUUGCCAAGAGUCUUUUUACAGGAUACUGAUGCCCUUGAAAAUAAAACAGAUACGGAAGUAGAAAAAUGCAUACAGCACAAAGAUUGUGAUGUUUCAGUCAUACAUAAUGAUAGUCAAAGUAGCAACUUUGAAAGCAGCUAUGAAUUUAAGAAUUCAGAUGGUGUAGUUGCUAGUUCUGAGAACACAGCCUAUUCAGAAGAUUUCACUAGUGCUGACAGUUCUGGCACAAGCUUGGAAGCUCAAGAGAGCAGCCCUGAACCAUUACUAGUAAAUCCAGAUCAAAGCCAAUCUGUCAUGGACUCAGAUUCUAAAAUGUCUGAAGGAAGUUUGACUUCUGAAAGUAUUUCUCCUCCUCUUCUUCCAGUUCCUUCAGCUAUAUCUCAUGUCCAGUCUCUUAAGCAGGCCUGUGAUUUAAAAGCUAAUGAAACAAACACACACAUUGCUCUCAAUGAACUUGAAGACUAUUCUCUUGCAAGAACUUUAAAGGAAGAAUUUGCAGCUCAACAGGAGGAGAAGGAAGGGAUCAAAGAUAUACAGGUCUCAAAGAAUAAAGAUGUGAGCUCCAACAUGAAUUGUAACAUAGCAAAAGACCAGUCCUCUGCAGAUAAGAGCUAUUCACUAAGGACAUCCCAAAUUAGUUCUUAUUUGCCCUCAAAUGUGUCUGACCUUGACCUUAGUGGGCUAGAAGAAAGCAAUACAUCUGGCAAAGAAAAAGAAGAUGACUUUGAGAUGGCGGAUGUUACUAAUCAGUGUAGACAUGUCAGUGAAUUAGUAGUAAACAAACUUCCAGGAUACACAAUGUAAUUACCAAUAAUAAUGACUGGAUCAAAGUGAAAAUGUCUUUAUUUUUAUAAUUGAACGUAUUUUUACCAGUAUUUUGACUGUCUUUCACAAAUACAGUUUUUGUUUCAUAAGCGAUGAAUAUGCAAAAGUACAACCAGUAUUUUCAGGUUAGUAAACUAUCACUGCCUGAUUAGCUCUGUGCAGCUGGUUGGACUUUGGACUUGUCCCCCCACUCAAACACACACACACUUUAGUAAGAUGCUUUUGAAAUCUGGGGGAGUUUCAAAAGCAGUUUUCAUAUGGGAUAGAGACCACUGUUCAAAUCUAAAACAAAUUAGCAAUUAGAAGCUAUUGAGCAUGCUUAAAGCAGGUCUCUGAAUUGUGGCCCAUAUCUCCCAUUUUUCAUUCAGCACUUAAAGUUUAAAGCAAAAGUAACUAAUGACUUCUAGAAAAACACAUAACCUGCAAAAACCUGCACCCAGUUCAUCUGGUUAUAUCCUAUUGAAGUCAGUAGAACUAAACAGGCCAGCUGUGAGCAGGAUUGCAGUCCGUUUUAAGGGAAUUACAGCUAUAUUUUGCAAAGUAUAAAUAGUACAAUAAACACAAAGUUUUUUUAAGAUCCAGUUUUCCUCAGAAAUAAUCAGUUAAUGUCCAUAAUGCAUUUACAGUUGUAAAUGUUCUAUUCCUAUAAUAUGCACAGUUGUGAGCAACAUAAUUCUAAAUGUGAGCUAUUGUGUUCAUAUGAUACUAUGAUUCAUGUAUUUAUAUGAAUAAUUUUAAGUGAAUCCUUUGCUGGAGGGAGGAAUCCAGUUUCAGUUGAAGUUGUUUUUAGAAAAUGACAAGCUGACUGUGUGAGUUUAUGAUUCUUUUAUAUGUUUCUCACCUUAUUGCCUUGCUUAAAAUUGCAUUUUUAUACAGGCUUACUUAACUCAUUGGGACUUGCUUCUAAAUAAACAUGCAUGGGAUUAGGUUGCAUGAUUUAGCUAAAUUGAAAGUAAUGCUUAUAGUUCUGUUUUGCAUCAUCUGAGCAAAUCCUUUUAAUCUAAGUUUCAAAAGGAUUUCCCUUACCCAGGAAUUUGAGUAUCAGUUCCUUGCUAUGGACUGCAGAACUCCCAUUAUGUCAUCAAUCUUAACUUUCUUUAUGUUCUUUUUCCUCAGCUUUACUGCUGCCUUCUUUAGUUGUUACAUUCUGGUCCAAUGCAUUGUUUUGUCUCAGAAUUCUAAACUUUUACAACAUGCAUUGUUGUUUGUUUAUACUAUUUUUUUAUUCCGAUCCUCAGCCAAAAAAGGCUCUGGGAGCAGUUUACACUCAAUCAGCAAAGAAAAGGUGAGGAGGAGGGAAAAGGAAAAAAAUAUACUGUCAACAGGGCUGUUGUGAUGGCCCUGCUCCCGCCUCUCAUCUGAAGGAGGGGCAGUGCAACUGGAGCAGGUCCUGAUGUUCCCUUUGCCUGCUCCUAUCCCCCUUGCUUCUUCUUCUCCUUGCAUUAAUUUGGUAAUUGAAUUGCCAAGGGAAUUUUUAACUUGCUUGAACAGAACAUACAAGUGUACACUCACAUGCCAUAUCCCAGUAGCAUUGAAAAAUUCAGGGACUUCAUCUUGCAGUUUAGCUCCUGACAGCAGUUGCCAUUUGUGAAAGAAAGAAACCCUGCUUUACAUGCAUUUCUGUUUUUUGCCGAACAAUUCUAAUUUAAUCUUGCGCCAGCGUGUCAAAAUGACACAGUAUUAUCUAGCAUCCCUUUGAAAGUCAGUGAAACACAAGUACACAUGUAAAGGCUUAAAUGUGAUUGAUUUCUGUGGCAUGGGACAGAUUCACGUGUUGCCGUCUUCAUGAUGGAAUACAUGUAGACAUGUAUAGGAUUGCUCUGUAGAUAUAUUUAGUUAAUUACAAAAUAUGGGAUGACUGAUUAAAUAUUCAUACUUCCAAAGGAAGUUACGACGAUGGAAUAGUAUGCACACUUACUUAAGAAUAAGUCUCAUUAAAUUUGGUGACAUUUACUUAUAAAAUAAGAUUGAAUUGUAGGUACAUCAUUGUUAUAUGAGAUUGACGUUAAGUGACAAAUGCUAGUCAUUUUAUCUAAAACAUCAGAAGUAACAGUAUUGCCUUAUUAUAUAACUCAAGGUAAGUUUCACUCUUUUAUGUAAUUUAAGUUUUAAAAAUCAGGCAUAAAUACAGAAUUAAAGAGGCAUGUUUAGGGUAAAAAGUAUUAAGGAACAUUUUAGAACAAAAGUGUGGAGCAAGAACAGAAGUGAUUUAAUUGCAGGGAGGCAGAUGUUAGUUAAGCUGGGGAAGAAGCAAGUUGCACUGAGGAUGCUAUAGGACAUAGGAUUCUCAAACCAUAAAUAGCUGGUCCACAGUAAUAAUUUAGACAACAUAACGAGUGGAUCUGCUCAGUUUUUUCUCCUUUUCUGCUACAUUACAUUCUCUGGAAGAGGGAUAAUCCAGAGAAGCAAAGGCACAUAAAAUGAGGUAGUUUCUUGUGGUUUUUAGCAGGUCAGGGGAAGGAGAAAUAUUGUCAAGAACACAAAAACAGUGGCUUUGGCAUCUCUGCCUUUCUUGUGAAACCUACCUCUCAGUUGAGAAACCUAGCCAGAGGUUAGUUGUGGGCUUCCCUGUAUAAGAUGCUUUGGAGAAGGUAAUUGUUUUCAUUUAUAAUUUAAGGCUUUAAUCCUGUUCAUUUAUAAUUUAAGGCUUCAAUCUUACUUAUUAGGCAUGCAGACUUCUGCAUGUGCACUAAGGCUUCUCUUUGCCUCAUUGCAGAAUGGUUCUGAAGCUGUCCUGUCGCAAAGAGGGGACUAGGUACAGCAGGUAGUGUUCAACAUCCCCAAGCAGCAUGUUUUGUUCUGGGCCUUGGUACAUAGAAUCCAGCUGUAGAGCAGCGGGUUGGAUUUAGAAGAGCUGAGGUUCUCCUUUCUCCUGUGAUGUACUUUUUUACAACAGUUCUUGUGGUCCAGUUCAUUUUCUUUUCUUUGCCAGGAUUAGAAGUCAUUCAGAUACUGAAAUGUUUCCACUGGAAGUUGGUCUAGUUUUACAGGGACAGCUGUUUGGAUAAUAUCCUGAACAUAUUUAGUGUUAACAUGUUGUGUGUUUUAUCAUGGUUUGUUUUAUUAUGUAAAAGAAGAAUAUUUUUUCAAAGUUGGAAAUUCCAAUUCCUUAGAUUGCAUUUUUCUUAAUGAUUGUAUGCUUUAUAAUUUAGUCAUCGUUUUCUUUUAUGUAGUAUUUAUGUUGUUACUUAUAUUACUUGUAUUGUUCUGGUGGUUUUGUUUUAUUCAAUAAAAAAUAAAAUGUACAGCUGGCUCUGAAAACAUCUUAUGAGCACUUACAAUGAGCUAUU